AUGAAAUUCAGCUUAGCAGCACUCAGCGCCGCAGCGGCUUGCUUUGUGCCUCUUGCAUCUGCGAAACCCAUCACUCACAGUUGGGAUCUAAUCUCCAAACGUGGUAGUAAUACCAAUGUCUGCAAGGAUGUACAGUUGGUUGUUAGCAUCUUGAAGCUCAAUAAGGCUACUCCAUUCUGUAGCACAUUCUUGGGUAUCAAGACUCAGACCGUUCCUACAACCAAAGUUUCGACGGUACUCACUACCACUACUCUCACUGAAAGCGCUUAUGCCACUAUUACUGAGACUGCUAAGACUGAGGUUCUGACCUUCACUAAUACGGUCACCGAUGCUACUGUGCCUACUACUGUAGCCACUGAGAUUAUACCAUCUACUACUGUGCUCACUGUUACGGUCACUCCAAACCCUUCUAUUAUCUAUACGACCACUUAUACGACCCCAGCUGGAGUUGCCCGUCGUUCAAUUGCCGUAGAAGAGAGAGGAGUCAAUUUCGUCCUUCCGCCAUUUGUAACUCAAUAUGCUUCGUCUGCAAUCUCGAAGGCAUGCAAUUGUCUGUCUCUCACCACUCCAACGACUACUUCCACUGUCCAAGUUGUCCAGACCAGCACGGUCAUCUCAACAGUUACUAAAACCCAUACGAAUACCAUUCCCGUAACUCUCACUCUCAGCACUACUGAGAUAGCCAAGGCUACCGCAUUUGAUCCCAAGACGAUUACUUCGACUAGCACUACUACUAGCUACUUUACUACAACUCUUCCUAGAGUUACGACCACACAGACUGUUUCUCUCCCGUUCAAGACUCCAUAUUGCGUCAAUAUCUUGAAGGAGAAGAAGCUCGUAUACUAUGGAAAUCUUGUUGUAGCUCGGACAUAUGCCGGUCUUGGCAACCCAAGUGUACCACGAGGAGAAGAGGGUCUUAGCAUGUGCUGUCAGAUCUGUUAUAACACUCCAGAUUGCAGUUUGUGGAAUUACUUCGACAGCGCUAACGGGGCAUUCUGCGAACUCGUUGGAGGCUACACGGCUCUUGAAACCGGCGUUUCUACUACUUGUCCCAAGGGAAUUUCGCCAGCAUCUACGGUAUCUGGUACGGGAACCGAUCGGGUUAAUACGGAUGCCGGGUACUAUAGCAGUGGUAUUGGGCCAUGCUAUAAGGGAGAUUUCUAA